CCCUCUCGUACCUGAAUUAGGCAGGCCACUACACUCGAGCUAGCUCGUGGAAAAGUAGAAAAGUGGCAGCCUGCCCGUCGUAAUGUAGGUGCUCGUGUUCUUGUCUCCUCCCCCUCUUGUCUGCUUUCUCCAGUCGCUUGACCACAGCUGGUGCAUUUCUUCACGAUGCAGAAGACGUUGUUUUGGAUUGCCGCGUUGCUCGGUGUGAGCACUGCGCUCCAGAGCCCCCACAACCUCGCCAAACGUUUCAACUCGCAAAAGAAGAGCGCGGCCAACCCAGAGAUCUUCAAGCGUGCCAGCAGCAACCACGGCACGAAGCUCCACUCAAACAACAAGACCGCCCAAUUCGAAGUCGACGGCACCGGCAUUCCCGACGUUAACUUCGACAUCGGCGAGUCCUACGCCGGCACUCUCUCCAUCUCCGAUAACUCGACCGACGAGAACCAGCUCUUCUUCUGGUUCUUCCCCUCCUCCAAUGUGAACGCGAGCGACGAGAUUGUCAUCUGGUUGAAUGGCGGACCCGGCUGCAGCUCCAUGCUGGGGCUGCUGCAAGAGAACGGGCCAUUUUUAUGGCAGCCUGGCACUUACAGGCCAUAUGCGAAUCCGUACUCAUGGGUCAAUCUGACGAAUAUGGUGAGAGUCGAUCAACCCAUCGGAACGGGUUUUAGCCCAUACGCCAAAGGCGCUCCUAAAAAGCUGAAGAACGAGGUCGACAUCGCACUAGACUUUAUGGGUUUCUGGAAGAACUUCAUGGAGACCUUUGACCUCGUGGGCAGGAAAGUGUACUUCACUGGUGAAAGCUACGCCGGUCAAUACAUCCCGUAUAUGGCCUAUGAAAUGCUCAUGGCCAACAACACGGAUUACUACAACGUCAAAGGCAUCCAAAUUAACGAUCCCUCCAUCAACGAGGACCAGGUGAUGACCACUGCCCCAGCAGUCGGCUUUGUUAACAAUCUCGCGCCGAUCUUUGGACUCAAUCAAUCCACCAUUGACUGGCUCAACGAAGCGAACGACAGAUGUGGCUACACCGAGUUCAUGGAGAAAUCCUUGGUCUACCCACCGACCGGCAAAUUGCCCAACGCCCCUCCGCUCAACGACGAGAACUGCAAUACGUGGGCCUGGGCUGUCGAUGCCGCCAUCAGAAUCAACCCGUGCUUCAAUGUUUACCACAUCACCGACUUCUGUCCGUAUCUCUGGGACGUCUUCGGUUUCCCAUCCCUCGGAUGGGGUCCUCGAACCGACGUCCAGAAAGCGAUCCACGCCCCGCCCACCAACUACGUGAGCUGCGGAGACAACAAUCUCGGCAUCGACUUUGACGGUGACUCCAUUCCUUCCGCGCUGGGCCCCCUUCCCCACGUCAUCGAAAUGACCAACAAUGUCUUGAUCGGUGCCGGGCAGUACGACUUCCUCCUCCUCACGAACGGCACGCUCGUCACCAUUCAGAACAUGACAUGGAAUGGGGCGCAGGGCUUCCAGACUAAGCCUUCGGAUAAUUUCUACGUGCCGUACCACCCUGGCUUGCAGCAGAUUAUUAACGAUAUCCAAAAUCAACCCAUCCCCGGCCCAGUCGUGACAGACUUUGCUGGCGCAGGUUACCUUGGCAUCACGCACUCCGAAAGAGGCCUGACCUUUGCUGAAGUGUAUCAUUCCGGCCACGAAAUCCCAGAGUAUAUUCCCGGCGCGGCGUUCCGCAUGCUCGAGUUUCUUUUGGGAAGGAUAUCGUCACUCACCGAAGUAAGCGACUAUAGCACCCAGAGCGGAGUAUACACUGGACCGGGGAACUACAGUUCGAAUCCCUACUAGUGAGAUGAACGGGGGCCUGCUUACUCCGUCGAGUACUCGUCGUGGAGGCAUAAUGGUUCGCUCUGUGAACAGACGUGAUGAAUGCAAAGACCAUUCCCUGAUUGCUUUCCAUGGCAUUUGAACUCGCCCUCUAAUCUUGUAAAACGUCCUCUUCAUCUUCACCAUACUACUGAUUAAUCAGAGAGAGCUCAUACACGACCCUCACACAUCAGC